AGCUCCCUGGCGGCGCCAUUGGUGACUUGUAAACAACAUGGAGCUGCGGUCACUUGUACGAUGUUACCUGCUGAUGCUCUUCCUGCCUGUCUUCACCUGUCAUGGCUCCAUAUCACUCGGAGUCACUGCUGUAGGCUUCGCUGGGGCCGCUUUAUAUGCUGGCUUCGAUAGAUUACGCUGUACCUUCUACGAGUGUUGCUCUCCAAGAGCAGAGUGGAUCAAACCCAACAUUUCAGCUUUGAUUGCUGCUCUUGAUUCGAACCUCUAUGGUCAACACAUUGUGCAUCAAGUAGUCCCCAGGGCGCUGAAAGCUCACUUGUUUAAUGAUCAGCCUCACAAGGCACUGGUAAUGAGCUUUCAUGGAUGGACAGGAGGGGGUAAGAAUUACGUUUCCAAGUUCAUUGCCCAGACCAUAUACAAGCUGGGGAUGAAAAGUCAGUAUGUUCACAUGUUUGUCAGCACAGUUGAUUUUCCUCACACAGAAAAAGCUGAUAUUUACAAGCUGAAUUUGCAAGAUUGGAUCCGCAGUAACGUGAGCAAGUGCGAGAGAUCUCUCUUUAUCUUCGAUGAAAUUGACAAAAUGCCACUUGGGAUGAUUAAUGGCAUCAAACCUUUCAUUGACUACCAUGAAUCCAUCAAUGGAGUAGAUUUCAGGAAGUCUAUAUUCAUCUUCUUAAGUAACACUGGCGGUCCAGACAUUACAAGAGCAAUGCUGAAGAUGUGGCGUGAUGGGAAAAAUAGAGACGAUAUCACCAUGAUGGACCUCGAACACCUAAUUCAGCGUGGAGCAUUCAAUGAGGAAGGAGGCCUACACAAGAGUGAGCUCAUACAACAUAGUCUGGUAGACCAUUAUGUGCCAUUCAUGCCAUUAGAAAGACGUCAUGUAGAGCUAUGUGCUCAUGAUGAGAUUCGCCGACGUGGGCACAGGUCAUCUAAAGAUUUAAUAAAAAGCGUAGCCGAUGAAAUGAUAUAUUUCCCACCUGAGAAUCAAUUGUUCUCGACUACAGGCUGUAAGAGGGUUGCCCAGAAAGUGGGUUUCUUACUUGCUAAUGAAGAAUAUGACAAUAUAUUUAAUUAGAGGUUAAAACCUUGUAAUUAUUGUCAUUGUAGUUCUCAAAGAUAUGUGAUUUUGAAUGUGAAGAUGAGAAAUGUAACUGAAAAGCAGUUUUUAAGAACUUUAGAUUUGAGAAAAUCUUUCGGACCAAUGAGAUGGAAUUGAACUCCUGUCCAGGUGACCCGAGAUGGGAGUUCAAUCCAGUCCCAUUGCCUCAAAAGAUUUUUUCAUAGAUAUAUCACACUAUUGUGAUUACAUUGUGCUUUUUGGUUUUUACAUCUUUUGUAAUAUAGUUUUUUUUUAUUUCACUUGCAUUUUGCACAUUGAUUAUUGGUUCGUAAUACUGUGUAUAUAUUUUUUAAUGAUCUCUGCAUAUGUUUCAACAUGUACUACUUUCACUUGUAUACAUUUUCACUCAAUAAUGUUCUUAAUAACAUCCACUUGUAUUGAAAGUAUAAAAAUUUGUGUAACAUUACUUAUAUGUGGAUAAAUUAAGUAGGCAAACUUUCACUACGAUUGUCACUCUAUCGGAAAGUGUUAGUGGUUACGAAUAUCUUUGUAGAGAUCAGUAUUGAGGUAAGUCACGUUGACAGUGUAUGACGAAUGUACUAUAGUAAGAUGUUAUAUUUGCUAUAGCAUAAUGGUUGCCAUAGCAUCACUGUUGCUAUUGCAUCAUAGUUGCUAUAGCAUUGUUGGUUGCUAUAGCAUUGCAGCUAAACAUGUGCAGUUUUGCAUAAAUAAGUUCGAGUACAGUAUUUCAGGAUGAUCAAUUUUUCCAUCUCGGAAAACAAUGUCGUCAAUUCUGUUUCCCAAAAGACAAAUUGUUAUUGAUCAUUGUUAAAAAUUUUCAGUACAGUACAUAUAAUAUUUUUUAUGUUUCCAUUAUUAGAUAUUUCCUGGGUGAUAUUUAAUAGGGCCAUUCAAAUAUCCCACAACACAGAAGAAACUAAAUAAGAAUUUCUGGCUUGAUUCAUCAUUUUGAUUAUUACUACUAUCAUUAUUAGCAUAUACCUGGCAUUUGAUUAAACAUUUUUCUUUUCCAAAGGUUCUUUUGUAUCCCUGUAAGGGUAUAAUGUAACUCUUAGUCUAAACCAUUGACAAAAUUGAAUAAUGAUGGUAUUAUUUAUUUGCCAUUCAUUUCCAGUAUGCUAUUUUUUGUCAGCUUCAUUAAUUGUAUUUUCCAUUUUUAUUGACCUACUUACCUGUUGUUGGUUCCGGGGAUCAAUGCCCCAGUGGCCGGUUUUUGACCGGGCCUCCUGGUAGGUGGUCUAUCACCCAGGCGGUUGGACGCGGCUGCUUGCAGCCUGACGUAUGAAUCACAUCUUGGUUAAUUAGGAAUCCUUUGGUGGUCUUUAUCAAGUUCUCUCUUAAACCAUGUGAUGUGUCUUGCAAUAUUUACUUUUGGUACUUGCCGUAUUUUCUAAAUCAAAUUUUUGGUCACAUCUGCAUCGUACUUUAUUUUAUCUUCUACACAUUUUUUCUGUUUUUUUUUUUUUUCUGCAUGGUAUUUUGAGCUGCCAAGCCUCAAAAUCAAUACAUUUUGAAGUUUUGAGUUCUUAUGGAAAAAAUAUUCAGAUAAAUACAGAAUUUACGUAUUAUGGUAUCUAGAAUAGUACAGUACAAUGAUGAUUUUUAUUCCCUAAAGUAUGUAUUGCACUCUCUCCAGUGAUGGAGCAUAAAAUAGUUUAUAAAAUCUUUGGUAUUGAAUACACGAAUACACUUGGAAUAGUACUGGAUCUUUUGUAUAUACCACGACAUGCAGUGUGCUAGAUAGUCUUCUUGGCUUGGUGCCUGCUUUUACUAAUUGCAGUACAGUACAUGUAUUUGCUUGUGAUAUUACUCUUAAAAUUAUCCCAAUGUCCAUUUCAAUAUUUGAGAAGGUUAUUUUUAUUGCUUUACCGGAAUUUAUAUUAAAUAAUAUUCAAAAUCUAUUUAAAAAGUUAAUUAUAAUUGAUCUUAGACAAAAAUAAUAGAUGCAGCCCUGUCAUUAAUGCAGAUAGAAGCAUACAUUAUAUUAGUAUUUUAUAUAAAUUAAACACUAGGUUUUUUGGCUUUUUUAUCUCGGAGAGAUACAAACCUUCCAUGUUGUUUUGAAAAUAUUUAUCUGGAAAGUGUUGGGGGUCUCCUUAGAAAUCUUGUUCCUUUUGAGUGAAAAAGUCCUCGGUGAAUCUAGCUCUUGUGACGUUGCUAGUCUCGUGUCUUUCUGCUUGUGUAUUGGCAUCUUGAAUGUUUAAUAACACGUCAGUGCUACGUAGCCAUUCAGUCUUAAUGCUGUAUUUUGCAGAUUACUGGACUUAUUUAUUUUAUAAAUCUUUACGACAUAAUAGAGAAUAUAGUAUAAGAUUUUAAGUAAAAAUAUUUUAAGUACAGUUAAAAUAUGGUAAGCACUUUUAUGAUGUGUGGUGUACUAUAUAGUAAAAAGUAGUUAAUUUUCAUUACAUGGGAAAAAUAUUGAGGCCUUACCAUGGGACUGAACCCACAUCCCUAAACAACUCAGACACACACUCUCAGCUGAACCAUGGGAAAUUCAGGAAUGUGGGUUCAAUCCUAUCAUAAGGCCUCAAUAAUUUCUCGGAUACAUCACAUCUUCAUGAUAUUACUGUGCCUGGAUUUCAUGUCGGUAAACAUUGAUUUCUGUUUCCUGGGAUGAAAGGGAAACAUCUUGAGGGCUUUAAGUGAUUGCUAGUCUGAAAUUUUGAAGUACAGUACUAGAAUGAGAAACCGUGUCUGUAUUAAUUCUAGGGAGGUUUUUAGCAGACCUUCGAGUCAUUUGUCCCUCGAUACAUUCUCUAUGAUUCUUCUAACUUUCACGUUACAGUACUCGUCUUGUGUCUUUCUGUUCUCAUAUUGGUGUCCUGACUGAUAUCUAGGACUCUUGAAGGAAGGAUGACUUGCCUGAUAUCUAGGAUGGCUAUAUAGUAUGGUUUGUGCUUCAGAGUACUGAAGCACAAACCAUAUUAUCUAGCCAUCCUAGCUUCAUGUUUUCAUUGAUAAUUCAUUACAGUACUUACACCUGUACUCUCAUCAUUGGUAUCCUGAAUAAAAUGUAUCUUACAAAUAUCCCACUACAUAAGGCAGUGCUAAAUAAUCUUCCCAGACUGAUAUCUAAUUUUGAUAAUUAAGCUGGUUUAAAGGUUACAAUAGUGCUUUUAGAAAUUGCUGGAUUGUUCAGUUUGAUGUAAGAGAUUAGUAAGUUUUCUUAGUUUUAUUAGUUUCAAUAAAUACAGUAUACUGUACUGCAGUACAUAAUCACAUGAUAUCCUAUGUUUUGCUCAAAAUCACUUAUAUUUGUAAUCACUCAUUUCUUCAGUCCUUGCAAUAGUCAAAUGCAUCUUGAUUGUGCUUACUAUGAUGUAUAAGCAAAAUGUUUGUUUGAAAUUUGAUAAUGGAUGUAUCAAAGAAAUGUCAGGCUUGUGUUUAUAAAUGUCGUAAUGUUGGAUUGAAAUGCGGUAAUGCCUGUAUCAAAGAAAUGUUAGGGUUGUAUCACAAUGUUUUCAAACAUUUAUCACAAAAGUAGUAGAUAUUAGAAGUAUAAAUAUUCAAAUAAAUGAAUGAGACAA